UGUCACGUUUCUUCUAGAACCCUCUUCUCUUCCCCUUAAACCCCUCGAGGGUUUUCAUACAUAAACGCAACACAAACCCAAAUAAGAUUUCUCUCCUUUCUCUAUCUGAUUAGGGUUUAAUGGCUCCAGUUCUAAGCAGAAGCUUAUCUACUGCUUCUUUACUCUAUCUUCCUUCUUCAACACCCUUUUCACUUAAACACCCAAGUAACAGGUCCUUUAAUCUAGGAAGUCCAUUUUUGCCACAAAUCAAUAAUAAUGGUCUCAGAAAGGGCUUUUCUUGCUCUGGUCUAAAAUGGAAGCUUGAUAAACGAAAUAAUCGGUUUGCUGUCAGGUGUGAGGCUGCUGUCGCUGAGAAAGAAGCCUCUGAUACUUCUGGUGAGAAGUUUGAGUAUCAAGCUGAGGUUAGUCGCUUGUUGGAUUUGAUAGUUCACAGUCUCUACAGCCACAAGGAAGUAUUCCUUAGGGAGCUUGUGAGCAAUGCAAGUGAUGCUUUAGAUAAGUUGAGAUUCUUAAGCGUGACUGAGCCCUCUUUGCUAGGAGAUGCUGGUGACUUGGAGAUACGCAUAAGACCUGAUCCUGACAAUGGGACCAUCACUAUAUCAGACUCUGGCAUUGGAAUGACAAAGGAAGAGCUUAUUGACUGUCUAGGAACUAUUGCUCAGAGUGGCACUUCAAAAUUCCUGAAGGCUCUUAAGGAAAACCAAGAUCUUGGGGCGGACAAUGGUUUGAUUGGUCAAUUUGGUGUUGGGUUCUAUUCUGCUUUCCUUGUGGCUGAGAAGGUUGUUGUUUCGACAAAGAGCCCAAGGUCAGACAAGCAAUAUAUCUGGGAAUCAGUAGCUGAUAGUAGCUCAUAUGUGAUUAAGGAAGAAACUGAUACUGAAAAGCUUCUACGUCGUGGAACACAAAUUACACUUUAUCUAAGGGAGGAUGAUAAAUAUGAAUUUUCAGAUCCAGCUAGAAUUCAGGGUUUGGUGAAGAACUACUCACAGUUUGUUUCUUUCCCCAUCUAUACAUGGCAAGAAAAAUCAAGGACCAUUGAGGUGGAAGAGGAGGAAGAACCAAAGGAAGGAGAAGAAGAACAACCAGAGGGCGAGAAGAAAAAGACAAAGAAAACUAAAACUGAGAAGUAUUGGGACUGGGAGUUAGCCAAUGAAACAAAACCGAUAUGGAUGCGAAAUGCAAAGGAAGUUGAGAAGGAUGAGUACCAGGAGUUCUACAAGAAAACAUUUAAUGAAUUCUUGGAUCCACUUGCAUACACACACUUUACCACAGAGGGAGAGGUGGAGUUUAGGAGCGUUCUAUAUAUUCCUGGAAUGGGGCCUCUUAACAAUGAGGAAGUUAUAAAUCCAAAAACAAAGAAUAUACGCUUGUAUGUGAAGCGUGUGUUUAUCUCAGAUGAUUUUGAUGGAGAGCUGUUUCCACGGUAUCUGAGCUUUGUGAAGGGUGUGGUGGACUCUGAUGAUCUUCCUCUUAACGUCUCUCGAGAAAUUCUUCAAGAGAGUCGUAUUGUAAGAAUAAUGAGAAAGAGACUUGUCAGGAAAACAUUUGACAUGAUUCAAGAGCUCUCUGAAAGUGAAAAUAAGGAGGAUUACAAGAAAUUUUGGGAGAAUUUUGGCAGGUUUCUGAAAUUAGGAUGCAUUGAGGACACUGGUAAUCACAAGCGCAUAACUCCACUGCUGCGCUUCCACUCUUCCAAAAGUGAGGAUGAUCUCACAACCUUGGAUGAAUACGUUGAGAACAUGGGAGAGAACCAAAAAGCUAUCUAUUACUUGGCAACAGACAGCUUGAAAAGUGCCAAGUCUGCUCCGUUCUUGGAGAAGUUGGUUCAAAAAGGCAUUGAGGUUCUUUAUUUGAUUGAGCCUAUUGAUGAAGUUGCCAUCCAGAACCUGCAGACCUACAAAGAAAAGAAAUUUGUUGAUAUCAGCAAGGAAGACCUAGAACUUGGUGAUGAGGACGAGGUCAAGGAAAGAGAAACAAAGCAGGAAUACAUUCUUCUAUGUGAUUGGGUAAAGCAGCAACUUGGUGACAAGGUAGCCAAAGUCCAAGUUUCAAAGCGUCUAAGCUCAUCUCCAUGUGUUCUUGUUUCUGGCAAGUUUGGAUGGUCAGCCAAUAUGGAAAGGUUGAUGAAAGCACAAGCUCUUGGAGACACUUCCAGCUUGGAGUUCAUGAGGGGAAGGAGAAUACUGGAAAUUAAUCCAGACCACCCUAUCAUUAAAGACUUAAACGCUGCCUGCAAAAAUGCACCUGAUAGCAGUGACGCCAAGAGAGCUGUUGACCUCCUAUAUGACACAGCAUUGAUAUCUAGUGGAUUCUCGCCUGACAGCCCAGCUGAAUUAGGUAAUAAGAUAUAUGAAAUGAUGGCUAUGGCACUUGGAGGGAGAUGGGGUAGAUCUGAAGACGACGCAGCAGAGGCAAACGAGGAUAAUGCUGCAGAAUCUGAUGCCAAUGUAGAUGCGGUCUCGGAGCCAGAAGUUAUAGAACCAUCAGAAGUUAGGGCAGAGAGUGAUCCUUGGAAUGAUUGAACUGUAGACAUAUUAGACAAUUUUGGAGGAUCAUUACAUUAAUCGCUAGCGAAAUAGUGGGGAAAUGAUGCAGAGGCUAUAGAUAAAGAGACAGAAGGAAGUCAGAAGAGAGCGAAGGGCAGGGGUGAAUCUUGUGUGAGAAGGAAGCUGAUUAUGAUUUAUAGUUCAAGAGAAUGGAGAUAAAUUGUUAGGGAUUAGAUGUUUGUCAAUUUGAUGGGGUGAAGACAAAUAGCAGAACUGCAUUCUUUUAAUGCUCUUCACAAAUGCCAUUUAAUAGAAAACAACAGGAUUUGUCUUUUAUCUUCUCAGAAACUUAUAAAAAUAAGAACUUAUAGUUUUA